AUGAACCAAGUAAUCAUAUCAACUCAUGCAGAGAACCAGAUUUAUCCAAUGGCAUCCUUCCAAGAACCUUCCCUGAUCGACUAUGCGCGAUUCCACGUUAUUGCAAGCGAUUUCACAUCUUUUGACCCCCUCGACUAUAUCGAUGAGAAGUUCGAGCUAGGAAACCAACAACCUCCCGAGGACACAUUAUCAGAAUUCAGGAGUUGCUUAAAUGAUGCCCAUGGCACUCUAAAUGAGAAGAUUCUUGGAGAGAAGCUCCGUGUUUCCAAAGAGAGUGGCCGUUUUCUGGCAUCUGUACUCCAUGAAGCAAGAGCUAGAAUGGACAUGGACUGGGAUGCUCUCCUACCGACUUUCAAUCCCAUUGAAGGCAAUAAGUUGGAGCCUCCAAUUUUCACUAUUGAACGUGCAGCAGAUUUCAAGUCAUCAAAGAAUCGUUUUCGUUAUAGUUUGCAAGAAAUCGACAUGGAAGCCCUUGAGCAGUGCUUGGGAGGGCCCCCUCCCGCGAAUUCACCGAGUAAUAUACUACAAAAAGAAAGCUUGCCGACAGAAAACGUCAAGGCUGAGAAGCUCAAAUGCACAAGAAAAUCACUCUCGAUAAUACAAGGCGUCAGGACCUAUGAUUGUCUACCCGAGAAAGCGACUAAUGAGCUUUUUGAAAGCAUUCUGAGAACAAACUCUAAAGAUACAAUCGAACCCGAGUUACCUGUCCUUCUUCCGUUAAACCAUGAUCUUGUUUCUACUCCGAGUCCAUCACAUAUUUCAGAGGAAUACAUGCUACCUAGCCCUGUAUCAUCAGAUUGUUUGAAUUUGGAUUUACAUUGCCGAAAGUUCGGAGAUCGAGAAACAGAGCCUAGAGCUUUCAUUUUCGAUAUAGAGGAGUUAGAUGGCGGUUCAGUAACAGCCUCCGAAGAGGAGGAAAGAAUAUACACUUCGCCAUCCCCUUUGGGAACCUGCAUGGAGUCAACGUCUUUAUCCUAUGAUAGGCACACCGAAUGCGAAGCCGAAGACACGGAAAGUGUGCAUGACCUCAGGUCAUCAAAGGAGUACCCUCCAGACACACUAAUGAGGGAGGAUAUAGAAUACCGACAAACCCCUUCUAAGACCCAGCUAUUGGUCUUAGUGGACAAUGGCAGCUCAAUGACAAGGCAAGACUGUGUGUUACGAGCAGAAGAUACGCAAGAACUUGCUUCAGACUUGACGAAGCAAUCAGAAGAGAAGGGAUUGGGGGCAUCAUAUCCCAAAACACGCCACUUAUACUCUCAUGAGGAAAGUCAGAGUCCACGAGGCCCUGAUGUGAGAGAUUCGUAUUAUGUCUACCAUAAGAGAAAGUUAGACAAUGGCCAGGUAUCACCACGGAAGAAUCGAAGCGCGGGUGACGACGAUGCAGCAAGUCGCCUUAUUUCACAGGAUAAAAAUGCUGAUUUAUCAUUGCCAGGAAGGAGCCUGGGCUCGUUAUCUUCUUUCAUGGAAACAAGAGGGAGGUUGCUCAAGAGACAGAUCCCAGGGAACAGUCCCUAUUUCUCCAAGAGCAAACCGAACGAAAAUCAUCUACCACAAAAUAUCAUCACAAAACCCUCUGCAGCAACAGACCAGGACGGAGCAAACCUAGGAGAAUUCAGCACCGCAAGUCAUACAAGCCCACCUGUUACAACGCAAGUACCCCUGUCUCCCAACCAUCACGAAGGACUGGUGUUCUUUCUAUCAACCAAGCUACUGAAAACACAUCUUCGACUUAUACAAUGCCUUGAGAGAACAGACCGUGCCCCAAAGCUAAUAUACAGAGACUAUGCCAACAACAACAACAACAACAACACAAAACAUGAACCAAAUCCCCGUGCAAAUCAUCUAAAAGAUAAUCGCCCACCGAGAGAGGCAGAUAUCAUUGUAUCACCAAAAACAGGAAUCAUUCUCACAACAUCCCAGGCAAUCAUGCAGCUAUAUCUUCCAGGCCACAAACCUGCUGGCGCUAUAACUAGCCGAAUCAGAGAGAUCAACUCGCCACUUAGAGAGCAGAUUUUUCUCCUCUCCUCGCGAUACGAACAUAUCUAUGUGCUCGUAUCUCACGGUACCGAACAAACCAAGCAAUCCAGCAGCGAGAAUCAUAAAAUUACAGCAGAUAAGUGUGUUCUGGCUUCCAUUACCUCGUUGGUUGCUUUCUGUAAUUCCCUGUCUGGGUACGCCGACAUCAUUCCCCUACUUAUUCCGUCGGUGCCGGAAAUAGCUGCAGAAUGGAUACUGGCCCUUGCACACAGACAUGCCUGUUCCCUCCCUUCCCCUCGCGCUAGGAUAGAAGCCCCCAUCACUUUUACCCCGAUCAAUCAGAAACGGCAGCCUGUAUCUGAAUUGGGCAUUAUGCAAGAGAGUACUUGGGGGGCGUUUCUUUGCCGUAUGGGGUUGAAUCAAUUCGCUGCGCAUGUGGUUCUGGUGGUUCUGAGAAGAGAAGGAGGUGCUGGGAGUUUCAGGGGCUCCGGAGACCAUGGAACCUGCUACUUCGAGAAAGAAGGUGGAUAUCUCUCUAGAUUCGUUGAGAUGCUACCUGAACAGCGGCGUACCCUCUUUACUGAACUGCUUGGGCAGAGGAUGCUGAGACGGAUUGAAUUAAUCAUUGAAAAGGACUGGCAAUGCGACUGGGCUCUAAACUUUCAUGAUACAACGGAGUAA